AUGGCGGUUGGCACGCAGAGGCUGCCCUGGGGCUACACAUGGCGUUCGUCGCAGUCCUUCAUCAUCGCCACGGCCACCAUCAGCUUGUUCUCUGAAUGUUUCUUGUUCGGAUUUAUCGUGCCAAUUCUCCCGUAUAUGCUCGAGACGCGCUUGCAUCUCGAUCCGUCACGGACUCAAACAUUCACCACCACCCUCUUGGCCCUCUACGGCGUCAUCUCUCUUUUGACAGCUCCAUUCAUCGCCCAUUUCGCCGACAAAACUCCCAGCAGGAAGAUCCCGCUCCUGCUAUGCCUCGCAGCAUGCUCGUCGGGCACUAUUCUUGUCGCCUCCGCCCGGGCCGUCUGGGUUCUCAUGGCAGGCCAGGUCCUUCAGUCUCUGGCCAGCUCCGCCGUAUGGAUAGUCGCAUUCGCAACCCUGGUCGAUAAUGUCGACGGCGAAAACAAGGGAAAAGUGACGGGGACUGCAAUGUCCAUCGUCGGAACCGGAAUCUUCGCAGGCCCUAUGGUGUCGGGCAUCCUCCUGGAGCUGUUCGGAUAUUGGCCUGCAUGGUCAGCUGCUCUGCUCCUCCUCUCCGUAGACUUCUUUGCCCGUCUCGUCAUGAUCGAUAAUCGAUCGGCCGUACCGGUAUCAUCGGACUCGAACUUGGACGCGGACGUGGACGCGGACUCGAAUGAGCACGAGUCCCAGGAACGCACUGCCCUCCUCGCUGAUCAGCAAAGCGAUACUCAAACUACCGCCGAAGGCCAAAAAAGAGAUACUAAUCCCGAAUCACCCCGCGGCUUCUACAGCAUAAUGCUCCGCAACCCCCAAAUCGUCGCCUCGAUAUGCAACAGCCUCAUCAUGUCCACUAUCCUCGCCAGCUUCGACACCACACUACCCCUGCACGUCCGCGCCGUCUUCGGCUGGGGCUCUCUGCCCGUCGGUCUUCUCUUCCUCGGCCUCAACCUGCCGGCUAUCAUCCUCGGGCCCGCGAUCGGGUGGACGCGCGACCACCUUGGUCUCCACUGGCCAACGACAAUCGGGUGGGCGCUGACAACGCCUUUGCUUUGGUUGAUGGCUGUUCCGGGGGAGGAGUUGCCCUGGGGAAAAUUGGAGAAGGGUGGGCAGGGUGUUUUUAUUGGCGCUAUUGUUGGGCUGGGGUUUGCGUUUGCGUUGACGAGGGGUGCUGGGUCGUUUCAGAUGAUGUCCGUCGUCCAUGACCUCGAAUCGAAAAACCCCGCUAUAUUCGGUCCGUAUGGUGGGAACUCGCGACUGUCAAGUCUGACCGAAGUCCCGUUUACUGUCGGGAUGGUGCUUGGGCCGUUGCUGUCGGGGGGUUUCUCGGAGCUUAUUGGGUAUUAUUAUAUGAGUUGUAUACUGGCGGUGGCGUCGCUGCUUGUUACGGUAUCGUCGUGGAUGUAUCUCACGGCGGGGCCAGGGAGUAAGGGAGGUGAGGAGAGACGGCUUGUGGGGGAGGAUGGGAAUAUUUCUUCCUAG